CCAAAUGUAACGACAAGUCAGGGUACGACCAUAUUUUGCUAUCGGAGAGCUUGCAGGCAUAUUUUGGUUUUGAAUGGGUGGCUUAUGGUUUGUGUGCACUACUCUUCCCUUCGGGUGGAAAUGUCUCCGUAUGUCUACCACACAACAGGUCUGGCAGUAUCUGGUUUUCUUAGAGAACAGGGUAUACUUUGCUCGCUCUACAUUGAUGACCGCCUUAAUGGGGAACCGCUAACGAAAUCUGGGCCGUGGUCGAUCCUCUAUUACGAUAGGCAGAAAGAAUUCGGAGUUAAGGCUGCCAGGGCUGCCAUAUUUAUUGUCCACUCAGUGCUUGUUGAGCUUGGGUAUACGAUUGGGAUUAGCAAGUCAGUUCUGUAUCCCACUACUUCCUUAGAGUAC